AUGCUUCUCAACGUUAUCACACUCGCUCUUUUGGGCUCCUUGGUUGGCGCAAGCGCUAUCCCCAAGAACCCUCCCAGACACGUAUUCAGUGCUUCCUACCUCAAGAGUCGUGCUGCUGGCGCGCAAGCGGUGGAUCAGCUUUUGCAAAUCGCACCAAAGUCCAAAUCCUGCGAUGGAGCCUCCUUUAAGGACGAAUGCAGAACUGCCGCAGAAGCAGCACCAUUCCUCAUCAAAGCCAUGGCAGAUUACCAGAUCACCGUUCCCAACGAAAUCGCUGCUGUUCUUGCCUUGAUCGCUCUUGAGAGUGGUGAGUUUCAGUACAAUACAAAUCAUUUCCCCGAACCUGGUCGUCCAGGUCAAGGAACACGAAACAUGCAAAUGCCUGACUUCAACCUGGCCUACGCAAAGUCCAUUCCGGCCUUGAAGGAGCCUUUGGCAAAGAUCACGACCGCGGAUACGACUGCAGGAAUGAGUCCUGAUCAGCUAAACGCUAUUCGUGCUCUCGUCCUUCCUGACGAGUACAGCUGGGGAUCUGCAGCUUGGUUUCUGACAACCAAAUGUGCCUCAUCUCGUCCAGCGAUUCAAGCUGGUGGAGAUGCUGGCCUGAAGGCCUAUUCUGCCUGUGUUGGUGUCGAGGUUGAUGCGGAUCGAACCAAGUACUACAACCAAGCCCAAUCUGCUUUUGGUCUUAAGUAA